CUGACGUCACGCGGCUGAUAUCUCGCGCUACCUGGACUCCGGGUCUCAUUCCUCCUCGGUCCAUUCAGCGGAACGUGUCUCUGCGCAGCGCCAUCACGGAACCACAUCCACAACCUCAACUUUUAUUUAUUUAAAGUCCCGCGAACAACUCGUUUCUCCGCUAACCGCUCACUCCAGUUCUCACCGGGAAGAAGCAGCUCAUUCCAGUCUGAUCGGAGCCGGCGGCGCUAACAAAGAAAUCCCUUUCUCCUCAGCGAAGCCCCAUCCUCUCUUUAGUUAUGAGUCAUGUGGUCAUUGAUAAUCCACACGGUCUAGAUCAGCAGCUCGCUGCCCUAGACUUGAACUCUGCUGACGGACAAGGCGGAGGAACUGGCCGGCGUUACAUUCCACCUCACCUGAGGAACAGAGAGGCUCCAAAAAACGCAGGAAAUGCGUAUUCCGCAGGUAUACAGUGCGGUUAUUCAGUGGCACCAGUAAAUCUCUUCUCUCCUAAGCAGUGCCCACAACCAUGGCAGGCAGAGUGUCAGCAAAGGCAGAGCAAUAACUUUACGUCAGGAUGGGAUGACUGUAAGAUUGGUUACCCAAGACUGGCCUCUCAAGAGCUUGCCUUUUACCAUGCCUACAGUGGGGGCUGGCGAAACAGAUGUGCCUCCUCAGUCUACACUGGUAACAGUGUGACCACCGAUGGGUAUGAUGACACAGCCAGUGUCCACAGCUGGGCCGAUCGAUGUGACUCACCCGGGUGGGACGGAGGACGUAGCAACGGAUAUGUGAAUGGGUUCCACGACAAUCGCACUAAUGGGGGAUUUGGAGGUCGCGGACCCCCUCGCAUUGAUAGAGGUGGGCGCGGUGCCUACCGUGGUAACAGGGGUGGAGGCUCCUUUAAUCAACCACUGCUAAAUGCAGGAGUUGGUGGUUUUGAAAACAAAGACAGCAACUGGCAAGGAGCUCCCAGGGACGCUGCCUACAACAGCUUUGGGGGACGCACCGACAGCAGGUCCAAGUCGACCUUCUUCAAUGAGCGUGGAGGCGGCGGCGGCUCCAGGGGAAGAUAUGAUCGCGGAGGCUUCUCAAGUGGAGGAAACAACCGCUGGGAGGAUUCCAGUGAGGAUUGGUCAAAGCCCACUCCUCCUAAUGAGCGCCUAGAAGCGGAGCUCUUUUCUACAAGCAACACUGGGAUAAACUUUGAGAAAUAUGACGAUAUCCCUGUGGAGGCCACCGGGUCCAACUCCCCGCCUCACAUCGAUAGUUUCCAUGAUGUGGAAUUGGGGGAGAUUAUCAUGGCGAACAUCAACCUGAGUCGCUACACUCGUCCCACCCCCGUUCAGAAAUAUGCUAUCCCCAUCAUCAAGUCCAAAAGAGACCUGAUGGCCUGCGCCCAGACUGGCUCUGGUAAGACUGCUGCCUUCCUACUGCCCGUGCUGAGUCAGAUCUUCACCGAAGGACCAGGAGAAGCUCUGCAGGCCUCCAAGAAUGGACAGGACAACGGAAGGUUCAGCCGUCGUAAACAGUACCCGCUGGCCCUGGUGCUGGCUCCGACCAGAGAGCUGGCCUUGCAGAUCUAUGACGAGGCGAGGAAGGUUGCCUAUCGCUCUCGUGUGCGUCCCUGUGUAGUUUAUGGUGGAGCUGACAUCGGUGGACAGAUCAGGGAACUGGAGAGAGGCUGUCACCUUCUCGUGGCUACACCUGGACGUCUGGUCGAUAUGAUGGAGAGGGGCAAGAUCGGUCUGGACUACUGCAACUACCUGAUCCUGGACGAGGCUGACCGCAUGUUGGACAUGGGUUUCGAGCCACAGAUCAGACGUAUUGUGGAGCAGGAUACGAUGCCACCUAAAGGCAUUCGUCAGACCAUGAUGUUCAGUGCCACCUUCCCUAAGGAGAUCCAGAUUCUGGCUCGUGAUUUCCUGGAGGACUACAUUUUCCUGGCGGUGGGUCGCGUGGGUUCAACUUCAGAAAACAUCACCCAGAAGGUGGUUUGGGUGGAAGAAACGGACAAGAGGUCCUUCCUCCUGGAUCUGCUCAACGCCACAGUUAUUCCCAGUGACGAGGUCGAGACCCCAGACAAACCAGCAAAAGCAGCAUUGACUCUGGUGUUCGUGGAAACCAAGAAGGGAGCCGAUGCCUUGGAGGACUUUCUGUACCACGAAGGUUACUCCUGCACCAGCAUCCACGGGGAUCGAUCCCAGAGAGACAGAGAAGAGGCUCUGAAUCAGUUCCGAUCUGGACGCUGCCCCAUCUUAGUGGCUACAGCUGUGGCUGCUCGAGGUCUGGACAUCUCCAAUGUGAAGCACGUCAUUAACUUUGAUCUGCCCAGUGACAUUGAGGAGUACGUUCACCGUAUCGGCCGUACGGGACGUGUGGGCAACUUGGGUCUGGCCACGUCGUUCUUUAACGACAAAAACAGCAACAUAACCAAAGACUUGCUGGACAUCUUGGUGGAGGCCAAGCAGGAGGUUCCCCCCUGGCUUGAGAGUCUCGCCUACGAGCACCAGCACAAGAGCACCGGCCGCGGACGCUCCAAGAGGUUCUCGGGCGGUUUCGGAGCUAGAGAUUACCGUCAGACGCCCGGUGGCGCUGCCAGCUUCACCAGCAGCCGUGGAGGAGGGAGGAACCCCGGAGGAGGCCGCGGCGGCUUUGGAGGAGGUGGCUUCGGCGGCGGUGGCGGCGGCGGAUUCUACGGCAACGACAGCUACGGAGGAAACUACAGCAACUCUGGCAGCAGCGUGGACUGGUGGGGCAACUAGUCGCCUGCGGAGUAGGUGGCCCUGCCAACCAAACCCAAUGGAAACCACAUGUUAACUCAAGCCAGACCAUAACAACCCUCCCUGUGUAGCUUCACUGACACACAGUACAUUACCAACCCUGGUUCUCUGCCAUUCGCUUCUCUCAAAAAGGAAGUGCAGCGCGCCGCAAAGGAAAGUCACCAGCACGUGCACCGCACCGAGCCGCAGAGACGUGCCGCCUCAGAGUGAGCAUGGAUGCUGACAUGCAUUGUCCGACAGCAACCUCGGACUUUCAUUGUUCAAAGUAUUUUUGUUCUUUUUGUGGGGGGGAGAAAAACUUGAUUGAAUAACCUGAGGAUCAUUUGUAUGUUAAUGUACUGUGCCUUUUGAAUUUAAACAGGAAACCUAUGUUUUCAUUUCACCAGAUGAACAUGGCCAAGAGCUCUAAAUUUGUUUUUACUGUUUAGUUUGGUGAAAAAUAUUAGAAAGGUAAAAUAAGCUUGGACUUAAUCAAACCUUGGCAAAUACUGGGGCAAUGUUGUUCCCGGGAAUAAUGAUUCCAUUUGAACUUCAAAUUUAUUGCAGGAACAUCACGCAGCCUUUUCUAUAGUCAAACAGCUACUGGAGCCAUUACUAUUGAUCCAGACUGGGCCACUCUGUGAAGCAACCGCAUUUUAAUCCUAAGGGACAAAGUUACAUUUCCUUUGUUUUUCUUUUUUUGCUCACUCUAUCCUGGACAGGCUCCUUCUUACGGAUAUGGUAGACGUUGAAAUAUCAUUCCUAUCGUAAUCUUAAGAAACACAGACGUCAUUAAGCUCAGUGCCAACGAUCGCUGAGGUUCAACAUUAAUCGAUGCUGGAACUUGUUACUCCACGUUUUUCAAUUGACUUGACAGUGUUAUGGCAGCUAGUAUGUUAUCAAGUGCUAGCUACGUUAAGUGGGCGGUGUUUUUGUUUGUUUUUACUUGCGACAUUUGGUGCAGGUGUGUGCAAAUUCGACAACUUUUUUUUUUUAAUGUUUCUCUACAAUAUGUAUCAAAACAAAAAAUGCCUGCCAUCUUGAAAGUGAAGUUCAAAAUGGCUGCAUAAUGGACCACAGCAUCGGGGGGGCUCGGCGUGGUGUUAGUGUUUACUGACCCGACCGGCGGCCGCGAGGCCCAGAUGGUAUUCUACGCUUGCAAGUGUUUUGUUUUUUGGUCAAGGAGGAAGGACACGUGAACUGAGUCGCAGGCUUAACUUAAUUACAAACGUUUUCUCUUUUCAAGCUGCGUUGGAGGCAUGGUUCAUCUUUAAGAGACAGGCAUCGAAUGAUCACUGAGGUUUAUCAAUUUAACAGCGAGGAACGAAGCGGGUAGAGCAGCGCUCCGACCACUGGGGGGAGGGGAACCGGGCGGGGGGAGGGGUUAGGCGUUUUUGGUGCACCGCCGUUGACCGUGGCUUUGGUUUUCAUCGCUGCGUGGUGUAACUGUGGAGGUGGCCAAAGACGGAGCGUCCACUUCCUGUGUGGAGCAUUAACGUACUGUCGGCUCCUCCAGGAGUUCAUCUGCUCAGACGUGGAUAAAGAUAAAUGUGUGGCUCUGCGGAGCCGGAGCAGGCUUUCCUCUCGCGGAGGAGCAGCCAUCGAGAGGAGGUGACGGAGCGUUUCACUUCAAACGCUCCCUAUUUUCUCAUGGGUGUGUUGUGCCUUGAACAUUUUUAUUUUUGAAGAAAUUGAACUAAAAGCUGAUGCACUGACAGUGUUGAGAACUUGAGAUUGAAUGGUGCUACUUGAUUUAGGUGUGUAGGCCCUUGUGCGUCGUGUCCAUCAAGUUUUACAGAAGUUCUUUUAUUGCACAUCUAGAGUUUUAUAUAGAUGUCUUGACUAUGUGUCCUUAAGCUUCCAAAUAUUGUGUGUGAGGAGAUUGUGAAAACGCAGCUUGUUUACAAAGGGGAAGGGUUCUCAACGUUAAAACCAGGAUUUAUUUGGGACCAGGGGAUUUAGCAGUCGGGGGGGGAAUUUAGCCAUUUGCACAGAUUUCUAGAUUCUACUUUUGCUGCUAGUUUUGUGUAAUUUAUUAAGCAUUUUUGACAAAUAUUUAUUUUUGUAAGCCUCAAAGUGAUUCUUUGAAAGUUUCAGAAACUUGACCAAAAGACAGUACAAAAACACUGGCACUUGAAUGUUGAAUGUCACCUGUAUGCGUGAAAUUUAUAUAUUUCGGGGUAGUGUGAGCUUUUUAAUGUUUAAGAUACAUUGGACUCGGUAAAUAAUAUCCACAGCUGUUUUCGGGGCCUUCUCGGGGGCCAGUCAUCUCGAUCCGAUAGAAACAAUUGAUCAACAAAAUUUGAAAUGGAAUUGAACAAACAUGCCAAGGUUUGGAAUAAAGCUGUCAAGAGCAAAUACAUUUCCUACAAAAUAUAAAUGCAGAAGUGUUCAGAUUCUCCAAUUGUGUGCAUUAUUGAUUUUUUUACUCUAAUUUGACCUGAUUACUUUUCUCCAGUGAAUGUCUGGCACAUGGCAAUCCUUAAAGAAACAAACAUGUGGUUUAUUCUCAUUGUUGUAUUUGCAUAUAUGACGUCUCUGGGUUCCUCGGCACGUGGAGCAGGUCUGCAGCGUAGAUCUGAACACGAGGUUCAGAACCCGAGACCUGCUCCACGUUCCUGUGAGAACCCCAGAGCUCUUUAGAUGUAGACUUUGCUUUCUGUAUUAGCUUCUAGGCUCCUGCACUGCAUGGGAAAAUACUCAGCUGUGCACUUGUAUGAUUUUACCCAAAUAAAAUGUUUGAAUGCAAAAGUA